AUGGAGAUAUUAAUGCCCCCACCUCAGAUUUAUGUAGAAAGAACCCUGGCUCUUAUCAAACCAGAUAUUGUGGACAAAGAAGAGGAGAUAGAAGAUAUCAUCCUCAGUUCUGGAUUCACCAUUGUUCAGAGAAGAAAGCUUCGUUUUAGCCCUGAACAGUGUAGCAACUUUUAUGUGGAACAAUAUGGGAAAAUGUUUUUCCCCAACCUAACAGCAUACAUGAGUUCUGGUCCACUUGUUGCCAUGAUAUUAGCAAGACAUAAUGCAAUUCCUUACUGGCUGGAUCUUAUGGGGCCAUCUAAUAGCUUAAAAGCUAAGGAAACGCACCCAGACAGUCUAAGAGCAAUCUAUGGGACAGAUGAGCUAAGGAAUGCACUUCAUGGAAGUAAAAAUUUUACUGCAGCAGAAAGAGAAAUUCGAUUCAUGUUUCCUGAAGUGGUUAUUGAGCCCGUCCCAACUGGAGAAGCUGCUAGAGAUUACCUGGAGUUGUAUGUAAAUCCCACUCUAUUGGCAGGACUCGCAGAGCUUUGUAAGCACAAACCAGCGGAUCCCUUUAUUUGGCUAGCUGAUUGGUUGCUUACAAAUAAUCCCAACAAACCUCGACUCUUUCAGCGAGAACUUAUGGAAGAGGCUAAUGAAGACAAAACAUACUGAAGAAUGGAUCAGGCCCUAUCCUAUUAUUAUAAAAGACUUUUAUUCUAUUCACCUUUUGGUUAACAUA